UCCGGGUUUUCACCUGACAUGCAUUUUGGCAGCGGUGUCGGAAAGCGGUCAGUUUGGAAUGUCACUGAACAUGUUACGAAUGUAAUGAUGAAUGGGUGCACGGAGAGACAGUUAUGUACAUAGGCGAAAUAUCUGCACUCACUGUAAAUAAUUUGCGAGGGACGAAGUAUAGAAUCUAACACUCAUCCAGGUCGACACCUCAGGCAUCGAAUACCCAGACCACCAUGAGAAGACGCUCAUCCUUGCUGCUAACCCUCAACUUAAUUGUUGCUCUCCUGGCAGCCGUAUCACUCCUCGUCUACCAAAUCCUGGGAUGCAUCAACACAUGGCCACGACACCCGUACCUGCUUCAGACGCAAUCCAGCCAGUCCAAACAAGUGUACACCUGGCUAAAGGGGGAUGCUAACAAGAUGUUGAUCCCAGGGACUCCACCCUUCAUUGUUCAUUACCUGUGGUGCAGAAAGGGAUACUUCGAGUUCAAGCAUUACUUGAGUAUAUUAAGUAUAGUCCACGUGAUUCGCCCCGACGGGAUCAUGUUUCAUUACACUCAUCUGCCAGAAUCAGACAGCAAAGGUUAUGUGACGUGGUUUGAAGACAUUCAACGUGAUAUUCCGUUUUUGUCGUUUAAAAAAAUAUCCAACACCCGCUACUGUGGUCAUGCCUUUUUUGAAAAAGGUGAUUUUGUUUUAUCAGAUUUUGUUAAUCCGGCAGGUAUAUUCAUGUCAGACGAAGUAGCAGUUGUUGGCUUUACAAGAGCAGAUUAUCUCAAGAUGGUGCAAUCAUCAAGUUUUGUACAUGUCCGAGCAUUCCUGUUGCCUGCUUCAGAGCCCCAUGUCAUAUCAUCAGGAAGAGAAUCUCAGGUCCUUAACUGUCCCUCACUUCAAGAUUACAACAGACGUGGGAUUAACAGCAGUGUUUGUGUUCAACUCACAGAAAGACUCUCUCCUUCCGAUAUCUGGCACCAGAAAAAGCCGUUUUAUGAAUUUGCACGAAAUCUUGCCUACGGAUCACCAGCUCCAAUAAGUCCAUCAGUGAACGAAACCUCGCUUGUACCAUUACAUUGUCAUAUAAUACAUGUGACCUCAUCACCAGAUUUAGACGUGACUGCAUACGCGAGUAUUCUCAGCGCCCUCUAUGUUGCGAAAAUGCAGCAUGUGUAUGUUCAUGGGCCUGUCAAACCGUCCGGACGUCGAUGGGAACACUUAUCGAAACGUAACGUGAGUUUCAUACCCGUGACGCACAUGUCCAAUAUGCAGCCGGAAAUAGGAGACAUGAUGUACGGUGCCUAUGUGUUGUUGCGCCACGGUGGGGUAGUUGUGCGUUCGGACACCAUUUGGAGAAAAGAGUUCCCCAAUGAUCUUCGAAAGUACACUUCCGUAGCAACACUUCGACGCUCAAUAUACAGAAUCAUUAACUAUUCAGUUGAUCUAAAUGUACUGAUUUCAAAACCUAAAUCUAAAUUUUUGAAAUUAUUGAUCACACGUUUAAAGCAAGCACCGUCAAGACAUUCAGGAGCUAAGAAUGAAGAAGUUGCGUAUCGUACUUACGUUGAUGUUCCUUCUGUGCUUAAGGUGGACACAAACUUGUUGCAGCAUGUUGAAUGUUCUGAAGUACUGUGUCAGCCGAGGCCGGAGGAUAUGGGUGCGGGACGGUCACUUCUUGUCCAGGUGGAAUGGAAAGAGGGCCGUCCGGAGACAGAGGGGGAUCUUGCCAGCUACAGAGGCUCUGGUGUUGAGGCGAUCAAAGCAGCUCUUCGUCUUACUGCAUCAGUUUAGUUCACAAAAAAUGGCAGUCCAGCGAUGAUGGAAGAUUUUCAAAGCUGAUGCUGUGGUGCAGAGACAAUCAAAGCAGCUGUACGACUAACUGCAGCAGUUCUAGAUAUCUCCAGCUCGCUGCAUCAGUUUAGGAUAACUCCUUGACUCACUGCACUAUUAUUCCAGAGACUGUGAUAGAACUUGGAACUUGGUUAGAGAAGCUUCCCUAUCAAGUCAGUGCUGUACAGUUCAGGCUGGACAGAGUGAUUCUCAAACUCAAUGUGAGUGUGGGUUCUGGCGGGAAUGUGGUUUUAUAUAUGUACAUUCAGACUGCUAUCUUUAAGUCAGCCAUAAUUGUUUAUUUUUUAUGCCUCUGUGUAUAAAGAAGUGCUGCAUUAUAGUGAGAGUGUCAGCACCUAAUUUUGAAGCAGCCUUUCCCAGGUGUGAAAAUAUGUCUUUGUCCAGUUCUUUGGGUUCCUGGGGACAAUGUCUUUUCAUGAUACAGGUGUGAAUAAAACGUGUCACAUGUCCCUCUAAGGUCACUAUCUCAAUAGCUAGGUGCCAAUUUUGAUCUUGUUGAUGACUGUAGUUGUUAUUAAUAUUUAUCAAGCCUUUUUUAGAACUUGUUUCACAAAUUUAUUUUUUCAAUAGCACAGUGUCGUUGCUUGAAAUAAAAUAUUAAGUUAAAUAGGUAAAAAGAAUGUUUUAAAUUAUGUUCAAAAGGAGGUUUGGAAGGGUGAAAUUAUAGUAGAAAAAAUUAUGUUACAAAUAUGAAUAUUAUAGUAGAAAAAAUUAUGUUACAAAUAUGACUAUUAUAGUAGAAAAAAUUAGGUUACAAAUAUGACUAUUAUAGUAGAAAAAAUUAGGUUACAAAUAUGACUUCCCUUCUCAUUGAUCUUUUGCAGUCUGGGUAAUAAAAAGAUACUGUAAUCCGUUAUUGUAAAUCUUGAAAUUAACGUGAACGUGAAUUAAAUGCAUUUAUGUCUCCAAAAUGACUAUCAACAAUAAAACAGCCUCACUGCACACUUUCAAUAGCGGAAAUACCAACUUGAAUAUAUAAACACAAACACUGUUUAUUAAGAUGCAGUUGUAACAAUGAUAUUAAUAUGUCAUUUAAAGAAUAGGAAUUACACAAUAGGCAUCCAGUGAGUUAUCACUGCUUGGGGUCAAGAGUGUCAAACUAGGCAUCAUUGACAAAGUAGAGAUAAUUUAUGGAUAACAACUUCUUUAUUAACUGUGAAGAUGACAUUUCGGUAUAGAUCCAUAUAUCGAUGUCCAGCAAGGCUGAAUAAUGUUGUUGUUGUUGUUGCAUUAAGUGUUUAGGAGGUCGCCUUCUGCCUAGGCAAUUUCGGCUGACCUGUCCCUCUUUGGGACUCCUGUGUGUGAGUAGGGUACACCUAUCUAUUGUGAG